AUGUACCUUUCGUUUUGACUCGUGUGAGCUGUUUGAGAUUCCAGAACGAACUAGAACUAAUGAUUCUCCCAACGGUUCUUGUUCUUGCGGGAGUGUCAACAAGAGUGCUUGGUAAAGUGGCACCGGCUUUGGCUAAGAAUUGUUCUGCUUUAAGAUAUUAUUCAAAACCCAUGGAGUCACUUAAAAUGUUUCAGAAACACGGUGUGGUGCCUGAUGUUAUCAGUACUGCACCGAAAGCUGUCGCUGAAAUUAAAUAUAAUGAGCAUGUUGUUGAUUUAGGAAAUGAAUUGACACCAACUCAGGUAAAAGAUCCCCCUACUCAUAUUCAAUGGCCAACGAAAAAAGGAGCCUUGUAUACCUUGUGUAUGACGGAUCCUGAUGCACCUAGCCGUAAAGAUCCAAAGUAUCGUGAAUGGCACCAUUGGUUAGUUGUGAACAUUCCUGAAACCAAUAUCUCGGAGGGUACUGUUAUGUCUGAGUAUGUUGGCUCAGGACCUCCUGAAGGUACAGGUUUGCAUCGCUAUGUAUUUUUGAUGUACGAGCAGCCAGAGAAAUUGAAUUGUGACGAAAAGAAGUUAACUAAUAGAUCCGGGGAUCACCGUGGUAAUUUCAAGAUCGCUAACUUCGCUAAGAAAUACAAUCUGGGAGAUCCUGUUGCUGGAAAUUUUUACCAGGCUCAGUGGGAUGACUAUGUUCCUAAACUGUAUGAGCAAUUGUCAGGCUAGACAAUGUCUACACUUAAAAUUAAUUUUGAUUCUUUAUGAAGAAUUGAUAAUAAUUUCUGUGAAAAAUAUACGUACAAGUUAUAUGAUGACUGAUUAAUGUAACUGAUUAUUAAAUACCUUUCCAAUAAAGUAAUUUUUUUGAA